GCGAACAAAACACCCCGGCAUUCACCUCCAGGAACUCCCACCAUCCGAGUGUGGGUGGAUCACUGGCCCGAAAACGUUGUCAAAAGAGGAACACCCGAUGGACCGACCGACUUAGCGCGUCCUCGAGACUCAAACUCGAUUUGAGGAAGGGGAAAGUCGGAAAACACCCAAGAGAUCCAGCGGAGGAGGGGAGGAGGGAAGGAGGGAGGCGCUCUCUGCCGUUGGAGAGUGGCUCCUUGGUCCCUCAGUUGAUCCUUCAGCUCAUAUGGAAUAGACCUCCGAGACGUGAAGCACGGAACAAUAAGUACUUUUACCUGCACCAAGAUUUGAAAGAUUGCCAAUGUCAUGACUUUGAUCGAUGUGAAUAUUAGCACUAUUGGUCCUUUGACCAACGCUUCCAAUAUGGAACAAGUGGAAAGUGAUUUGGUUUGGGACGGCGAAUCAUGGACUAAUGCCACUCUGCCUGACGACAUGGUCUUUGGAGAGGCACAGAUCAUAUCCAUCUCAGUGUAUAGCCUCCUCUUUGUGGUGUCUUCAGUGUUGAACCUCAAUGUAUUGGCCAAUCUACUUUUAGCUCGAAAAAACGUGGGACUAUCGAGGCUCAAUACGCUCUUACUUCAGUUGGUUCUGGCCGAUUUGUCGGUGACCUUCUUCUUGAUGCCGCUGGAAAUUAUUUGGGCCGCCACCGUUUCUUGGAAAGGCGGCGAUCUCCUGUGUCGAAUCUGUUCGUUUUUCCGGAUCUUCGGCCUGUUCCUCUCCUCAAACAUCGUCAUAUGCAUUUCGAUUGACAGGUUCUUGGCCAUUUUGAAGCCAUUCUCUGUGCGAAGUUCCUCAUCUCGAAUCAAUCGAAUGCUAUUUAUGGCUUGGUUCUUGGCCGUUGUGCUGUCCUUGCCUCAAUGUUGGGUGUUCCACCUUCAAUAUCAUCCAGAUCAUCCUUGGUACGGUCAAUGCGUCACUUUUGGCAGUUUCGAGAGUCGCCAUGGAGAGUUCUUGUACUUCUUCAUGGGCAUGAUUUUCCUCUACAUUCUACCCCUGUUGGUGAUCCUCUUCACUUAUGGCGGAAUCGUGUUCCAUUUGCACCAAAAGGGCAUCACCAUUACCAAAAGCAACUUUACGGAUGAGUCUAAUUUGAAGCUCCAAAAUGGUGGACAAGAAGAGCCUCCCAACAACAAGAUUGACGACAUGGGCAAUCACAUGGCUACCCAUACUUGUAUUACCAACAAUAACAACGGUGGCUCCGUUCCACUUCGGCAAUCCACUCCGGGGAUGAUUGGAAAAGCUAAAUUGAAUACAAUCAAGAUCACUCUCACAUUGGUGGGGGUAUUUCUGGCCUGUUGGACUCCUUACUACGUCAUCUGCAUCUGGUAA